UGGGCGAGCAGAUGAGAUAAAGAGGGACAGUGUUUGAAGGGUGCAGUGUGUGCUGCAGCCUUAUUUAACCUGGAUUUUCGCUGAAUAAGACUGUGGCACAGGCUAUGGCUACCUGCGUGUAAUGGUGCAAGCUUGGUGCCAGCCUGGAGGUGCCUGGGAGGGCAGGGAGCUGCUCAUGAGGGCCAGCAAGACACACAAUAUUGGUCAUUCUACUGGUGGUGGUGGUGGUGGUGGUGGCGGCGGUCGGGGGACGUUCAGCCACACUCCACCCCCAUCCCCCUCCCACCCUCCCCGCCUACCUGGACCCGAGCACCUGUCCUCCCACCUACGAGGAACACCCACUGGUGCUAAUAUCUCUGGAUGGCUUCCGUGUGGAGUACCUUCGUCGCGGCCUGACCCCGACGCUGCAGGUGCUGAGGAAUAAAGGAACCAGCGCUCCCUACAUGAAACCUUCCUUUCCUACCAUCACCUUCCCCAACCAUUACACUCUUGUCACAGGGAUGUACCCAGCGGCCCACGGGAUCAUCGCUAACAAAUUCUACGACCCGAGCUUCGAUGCGGAGUUCCGUGUGGGGCGGGCAGAGUUUUUCAAGAAGCGGUGGUGGGGAGGGGAGCCUCUCUGGUCCACCGUGCAGAGACAGGGGAAGAAGGCAGCCACGUUCUUCUGGCCAGGGUCCGAGGUGGAGGGCCACAACCCCACCUACUGGUACUACUAUAAUGAAUCCGUGCCUCUCACUAAUCGAGUAGAUAAGGUCCUGUCUUGGCUAGAGUUGCCGCCGAACACCCGCCCUUCCUUCGUCACCCUGUACAUGCAUGACCCGGACUCCACUGGCCACGACUACGGUCCCGAGUCCCCCCAGAUGAACGCCAAACUGGUGGAACUGGACGAGGUAAUAGCGCAGUUGGUGGAGGGACUGAAGGAGCGAGGUCUUCUCUCGUGCGUCAACCUUUUCAUCGUGGCGGAUCAUGGGAUGGCAGACGCGGGGCAGGAGAGACUUAUUGACCUCAGUACAUACCUGCCUGCCUUGCCUGAGCGUGCGAGGGUCUGGGGUGGUGGGUUUGCGAGGUUUGGCCCCAGUGAUGACAGUCCAGAAAAUAAGGAGGCGAUGAUGCGAGCCCUGGCCUGCAAGAGGGACGAGAUGCGGGUAUACGAGAGAGAGCUUCUGCCCGUCAGGUGGCACAUGGGGGCGCAGAAGAGGGUGGAGUCCGUCGUGGUGGAGGUGGAUCCAGGAUACACUGUCGGGGGUGACUCAACAUUCAAAGCAGACGAGGGAGAGCAUGGAUACGAUGACCACUUCCCCUCAAUGAACGCCCUGUUUCUUGGUUACGGCCCAGAUCUCGCCAGAAGCAAAGAAGUGGAGGCCUUCCAGAAUAUAGAGUUGUACAAUCUAAUGUGCCACCUGUUGGGAGUCACGCCCGCGCCAAACAACGGAACGUGGGGGGCGCUGCAUCAUCUCCUAGCACGUCCCCCGCCGCCCCCGCCGCCUUCCGCCUCCCUUGUGCCUGUCCUGCCGCCGGUGUCCCGCGUGCCAGAGCUGCCAGAGGACACCACAGGCAGUCCAUCCCAGUGCGAGGGGGACGUCCGGGGUGCGGGGGCGUGGCUGGAGCUGCUGAGGGAGGCGCAGAAAGAGGAAUCAGAUAUCCUUGAUUUCCACGUACCCUGGGGAACGCCACAGGGACAUGCUGAGGACACCGUAUUGUUACUGCAGCCUGAUUCUGUGACAGGUUACUCCCCCCGUGUCAGACUACCACUGUGGACCAGCUUCGGCGUGCGCAGGGUGAGGCACGCGCAGGAGGAGGCUGGGGAGUGGAGGAGUGACCCAAGGUUACCUAGUAAAGACGCCCCCAGCUGCCCCUCCUACGGGACUGUGACGGGUUUCAAUGUUUCCAGGCAUCCUUUGUUUCCUCCAGAGUUUAGCUGCAAAGAUUGCCAGCAGCUUCCAUACUUGAUGAGCAACGCGGUGCCCUUAACUGACCAGGUGGCGCGGCGCUGGAGGGAGCUGCUGUCCUUCGUGGGGCACUGGGCUCUCCUACUGGGCCCCCUCAACGUGGUGGCUGGCCCUGUCAUGGAUUACAACGCUGACAGUCUGGCUGAUGACCUGGGCGAGCUUGGGCGGAGUGGCGAGCUGGUGGUUCCGUCUCACAUAUUCCUGGUGGUGAGUCGAUGCGUGGCUCCUGUGUCCUCUCUCUCCCACUGCCCCCAUGAUAAGCUGGAUGUGGAGGCCUUUGUGUUCCCUCAGUUCAUCCCCGUCACUAACUGCCUGGAAAGCGCUAGGUUCAUGCAGGAGUACAGCGCGAAGGUCGGGGACGUGGAGGGCAUCACCGGGCUUCAGUUCUUCCCUAAUCUUGACUACUACCAGCGCGUAAGACUCAAGACCCGCAUGCACUCCAACGCUUGGGGUCACGAGAGCUACGCCAACAGAUUACUUGACAACUUCUUGCACCCUUGAAGUAGCGAAGAGGAAGAAGAGGAGUGAGACGGGGGAUGUGGAAGAGGACGAAGGCGAGGAAUGGGAAGGAAGAGGAUGCAGAAGACGAAGAUAGACUGGAGAAGAGUGUAAAAUAAGACGAAAUUGGAAGAAAGAUGCAGAAAAUGAAGACAGAAAGAUUGGGAAGAUGAAGAGGGCGUAGAAAAGACGAGGACUGGAAGAAGAAAGAUGUAGGAAAUGAAGAGGAUAAGAAGGAAGACAUUUGGGUAGAUGAAGAAGGCAGAAGAGGGCGAAGGUAGGAAGAAAGAAGAGAGGGAAGAUGAAGGAAAGAAGGAGGAAGAGGAAGAUGAAGACGAAGGGGAUUAAGUAAAAAGGCUACCCAUAUCAAUAUUUUUUCUAGUAAUCUAGUGCGGGGAUAGUAGUAGUAGUAGUAGUAGUAGUAGUAGGAGGAGGAGGAGGAGGAGGAAGAGAUGUAAUUAUAAAGAAGAAAAAUUACAAAAAAAAAGAAAAGAAAAAAAAAGAAAGGAAAAUGAUAGAGACGAAUAAAAAUGGAGGGGGAGAUAGAGAAGAAGAAAUGUAUUAUAAUAGAAAGACAAAAGAUGGAAAUAAGAGUAUAAAGAACAGAGAGAGAGAGAGAGAGAGAGAGAGAGGGGGGGGGGGGAUGUAAGACUCAUAAUCACAGCAAACCCAGUACAGGUAUUUAAUAUCACACUGCUAUCAUCUUCACCUUGUCAGUCUAUCAUAGCUACUUAGGUGUAAAUAUAAUAGUCAAUAUAUAUAUAUAAAGUACUUGGAUGUAGAGGAGAGAGAGAGAGAAAAAAAAAAAAAAAGCUAGCGUUUAAAAAAAAAAAAUAAUAAAUAAAUAAAUGAAAAUCCGUCCCUUUGUGAAUGUUACUUUAGAAACACUGAAUUAUUGUAUAUUAUUAUCUAUACUGAUAGUUGGGUUACUUUGUAUUACAUGUGUUUGUGGAGUGUUUGUUGAUGUACUGUAAACGUAAGUACCUGUAGCCUGUCUGUGAUUGUAGAACGUAAAUAAUCAUUGUAUAUUUGUAGCAUGAUUACCCAUUUUACUGUAAUAUAAUCUUUUUGAACAUGCGCUUUACAUUACAUCCUCGCAAAAAUUAAUGAUCUUUAGAGACCGGAUUGUUUGAUAAUGAAGACGUUGAGUUAAUGUUUUGUUAAUUCGUGUUAGCCUGGUGGGCAGAGCUUAAGAACAUUAUUUUAUUUAUUUUUUUCCUGCUUGUCUUUGUUCAUUCGUUUGCGACAGAAUGAGCGGAGCUUGAACUUUUUCUGUGUCUGUCUUCUAAGUCCGUUUCCUAAAUUAAUGUGAAAAGAUU